CCAGAAUAAGCGUGUCAUUGACAGGCAACGACACCCGACAGUCGAAAUCGUCUAAAAUCUUAAAAUCAAACCAAGACGAUGGCGGCCGGUCCAAUCGCUGAAAGAAAUCAAGAUGCCACCAUCUACGUUGGUGGUUUGGACGAUAAGGUGUCGGAGACGCUGCUGUGGGAAAUGUUUGUCCAGGCCGGUCCAGUAGUCAAUGUUCAUAUGCCUAAAGAUCGAGUAACGCAGAUGCACCAGGGCUACGGUUUCGUCGAAUUUCUUGGCGAAGAAGACGCUGACUAUGCCAUCAAAAUUAUGAACAUGAUCAAGCUGUACGGGAAGCCGAUUAGAGUUAACAAAGCUUCAGCGCAUCAGAAGAAUUUGGAUGUCGGUGCUAACAUUUUCAUUGGAAACUUAGAUCCGGAAGUGGACGAGAAGUUACUUUACGAUACCUUCUCAGCGUUCGGUGUAAUUCUGCAGACGCCGAAGAUUAUGCGAGAUCCGGAAACGGGUAACUCGAAGGGAUUUGCGUUCAUCAACUUUGCAAGCUUCGAAGCGUCGGAUGCAGCGAUGGACGCGAUGAACGGUCAGUAUCUUUGCAAUCGUCCCAUUUCGGUAUCGUAUGCCUUUAAGAAGGACUCUAAAGGAGAGCGGCAUGGUUCUGCGGCGGAACGUCUACUGGCAGCACAGAAUCCACUCUCUCAUGCCGAUCGUCCUCAUCAGUUGUUCGCGGAUGCUCCGGUACCUCCUCCGAUUAUCCCUAUGAUGCCAACCCAUCCAAUGAUGCCACCUCCGUUGAUGGCUCCUCCACCACCGCCGACUCCUGCAGCCGUUCCUCCUCCCCCGCAGGCUCCAGCUGCUCCGCAUUUCACGGCAGGAGCCAUUCCACCUCCACCGCUGCCUCCUCCUAUCGGUCAGCCUCCGCUACCACCAGCCUCUCCUAUGGGCAUUCCUGCUCCGCCACGUAUGAUUCCACCACCACCAUGGCAACAACCAGCCCCGCCACCACCAACACCCCCCACUGGUCCUCCACGGCCUCCACCACCAAGCUGGCGUCCUCCACAACCACCGCUUCCGCCGCAGAUGCCACCAGGUGCAUUCCCUGGGCAGCCUAGAUUGCCACCUCCUCCCCCGGCAAAUUUCAGCGCUGAUACGUUUAAUUUCUAAACCAGUUGAGCACAGACGAAAUAAAGGCGUAAACAUCAGAA